AUGGACAAGUUGAAGUGCCCGAGCUUCUUCAAGUGCAGAGGGAAGGAGAAAGUGACGGCUUCAUCUGAGAAUUUCCAUGUUGGUGGAAAUGAUGAGAAUCAGGACCGUGGCAACUGGUCCAAAAAAUCUGAUUACAUUUUAUCUAUGGUUGGAUAUGCAGUGGGAUUGGGGAAUGUGUGGAGAUUCCCAUAUUUGACCUACAACAAUGGCGGAGGUGCCUUCUUGAUACCUUAUGCGAUUAUGCUAGCACUGGCUGGUUUACCUUUGUUCUUCCUAGAGUGCUCACUGGGACAAUUUGCUAGCUUAGGUCCAGUUUCAGUUUGGAGGAUUCUACCAUUGUUUCAAGGUGUGGGGAUUACAAUGGUCCUGAUAUCCAUUUUUGUGACAAUCUAUUAUAAUGUCAUAAUUGCCUAUAGUCUUUACUACAUGUUUGCUUCUUUUCAACGUGAACUACCAUGGAAAAACUGUUCUUAUUGGGCAGAUAAAACCUGUAGCAGAUCGCCUAUAGUGACACAUUGUAAUGUGAGUAUAAAGCUAGGUGAAAUCUUCCAAGUGAAUAAAAGCUGGUUAGACGCCAACAAUUUUACCUGCAUCAAUGGAAGUGAAGUUUAUCAGCCAGGGCAGCUUCCCAGUGAACAAUAUUGGAAUAAAGUGGCGCUCCGACGGUCAAGUGGAUUGGAUGAGCCUGGAGUCAUUGUGUGGUAUUUAGCACUUUGUCUUCUUCUGGCCUGGCUCAUAGUUGGAACAGCACUAUUUAAAGGAAUCAAGUCUUCUGGGAAGGUGGUAUAUUUUACAGCUAUUUUCCCCUAUUUUGUCUUGCUAAUCCUGCUGAUCCGAGGGGCAACUCUGGAUGGCGCAUCAAAAGGCAUUUCAUACUAUAUUGGAGCACAGUCAAAUUUUACAAAACUUAGGGAAGCUGAGGUUUGGAAAGAUGCUGCCACACAGAUAUUUUAUUCCUUGUCAGUGGCUUGGGGUGGUUUAGUUGCUCUGUCAUCUUACAAUAAGUUCAAUAACAACUGCUUCUUAGAUGCCAUUGUAAUUUGUUUGGCAAAUUGCCUCACUAGUGUGUUUGCUGGAUUUGCUAUUUUUUCUAUAUUGGGACACAUGGCUCAUAUAUCUGGAAAGGAAGUCUCUCAAGUUGUAAAAUCAGGUUUUGAUUUGGCAUUCAUUGCUUAUCCAGAAGCUCUAGCUCUACUCCCAGGUGGGCCAUUUUGGUCCGUAUUAUUUUUCUUCAUGCUUUUGACUUUGGGUCUCGACUCUCAGUUUGCUUCCAUUGAAACGAUUACAACAACGAUUCAAGAUUUAUUUCCCAAAGCGAUGAAGAAAAUGAGGGUUCUCAUAACUUCGGGUUGCUGCUUGGUUUUGUUUCUCCUUGGCCUCGUGUGUGUGACUCAGGCUGGAAUUUACUGGGUUCAUCUGAUUGACCACUUCUGUGCUGGAUGGGGCAUUUUGAUUGCAGCUAUACUGGAACUAAUGGGAAUCAUGUGGAUUUAUGGAGGCAACAGAUUCAUUGAAGAUAUAGAAAUGAUGAUUGGAACAAAAAGGUGGAUAUUCUGGCUAUGGUGGAGAGCUUGUUGGUUUGUCAUUACGCCUAUGGUUUUGACGGCAAUCUUGAUCUGGUCAUUGGUACAAUUUCAUAGACCCGAUUAUGGCAAAAUUCCAUACCCUGACUGGGGAGUUGCUCUAGGCUGGUGUAUGAUUAUUUUCUGUAUUAUUUGGAUUCCAAUUAUGGCUAUUACAAAAUUAAUUCAAGCUGAAGGAACCAUCCUUCAACGCAUUGUAAGCUGCUGCAGACCAGCUUCUAACUGGGGGCCAUACCUGGAAAGACAUCGUGGGGAAAGAUAUAAAAAUAUGGUAGAUCCUAAAAAAGAGACUGACCAUGAAAUACCUACUGUUAGUGGCAGUAGAAAACCAGAAUGA